CUGCACAUUCUCUGUCUCUCUAAAUAUUUCCCUCUUCCUUCUGAAACUUCUGUGCGGUAAAGAAAGCAUAACUUUUUAAAUUUUGAUAUAAAGAAGAAAAGAAAAAAGAUUUAAUUGGUGUCUUUUAAUUUACUGUUCUUGCAAUGGUCUUGUUUUGUGAAAUCUUUCUUGGUGAAGAAGGUAACCUAGAAGACGGAGAGUGGGUUAACGAAAGAUCAUAGUAGUAAUCAAUUCUCAUCAAGAAAACCAAAAAAAAAAGUUUUUCUUUUCAAGUCUUUCAUCUGUUUCAGAAGAUCAUAAGAGAGUUUGCGUUACCUUCUCAUCGUUUUCUACUGGGUUUAAAAAAUCAAGAAACCAUGACCACAAGUCUACUAAGUGAUCCAACGAUGCUGAUUUCAACAACAGAGGUCAUGAUCGCCUCUCAACAGCCGUCUCCAUCGCCUACAACACAAAUCUCGGGCGACGAGCCUGAGCCCGUGACGUGUGACUGCUGCGGAUUAACCGAGGAGUGUACACAAUCGUACAUAGAGAUGAUCAGAGAGCGCUACAUGGGUAAAUGGAUCUGUGGUCUUUGUUCUGAAGCUGUGAAGUACGAGGUUAUAAGAACUAAACGAUUGCUAACUCCAGAGGAAGCUAUGGCAAGGCACAUGAACACGUGUUACAAGUUCAAAUGCUCAAGCCCACCUCCUAAUCCGACUGGACAUUUGAUCUCUGCGAUGAGACAGAUCUUGAGAAGAAGCUUGGAUUCUCCAAGAGUGCUUAGGUCAAUGCCUAGUAGUCCUUCUAAAGAUGAAGAUGAUUGUGUUCCAAAUGUUUUGUCUAGGUCUGAUAGCUGUUUCGCCAGUUUGACCUAAAAAAGCUCAUAAUUGGAAAAAUAAGUGUUUAAACCGGGUGAUAACCGCGGUUUAAGGACCACCACCUGGUAAGGAUCCGGUUUUCAGAUUGCAAGUUUUCGUCAUUAACCAAAACUGGUCUCUUGUAUGUGUUUUUUGCCGGAUUUGUCUACCUGUGGAAAGUUUUUGGCCAAAGCUUAAAAUGUACAAGUCUUGCGUUGUUUCUUGAUUCCUCCCAAUUGCUAAUAACUUUUGUCA